AUGCGCCACAGUCUCUCGUACACCUAUCGAGAUGCUGAGGUGGAAGAAAAGUUUGGAGAAUUGUCCUGGGGGCGGCUAGGGAAAGCUGCCACCAUCCGCCUUACUCUGGGACUACUACAACCACCUCGUGACUCCAGGAGAGGGACAAACUAUGGGGGGCCCAGCACAUCCGCAUCCCUCACUGUGAUAAGUUCGGCCUAA